AUGGCUAUCGACACGUUUGAGAGCAAGGCAGAAACAGAUAUCGAUGUUGCCCAACCUGUGCAUUCGACCGAAACGCCCAAUGGUGAUAAGCUUCCUGAUGCCGAUGCACAAGCCGGAGUUCAGGACAUCCAGGCGACCGCCAUGGCAUGGACAAGAAACUCCCUUGUCGUAGCUUAUGCAAUUUUGUGGAUCAUAUUCUUUGUCGAAACGACGCUCAGUGGGGUCACUGGCGCUCUCUCGCCCUAUGUUACUUCGGCCUUCGCUCUACAUUCGCUUACGCCCACUGUCGGUAUUCUGAGCAGCGUUAUCGGCGGAGUGACCAAUCUCACCAUAGCUAAGAUCCUCGAUGUUUUCGGUCGGCCACAAGGAUUCAUAUUCUGUGUCUGUCUUGGUACAAUGGGGUUGAUCAUGAUGGCUGCUUGUAACGGUGUCGAGGCAUAUGCAGCUGCCAUGAUCUUCCACACCGUUGGUAACAAUGGCGUCCAGUACGUCAUUUCUGUCUUCAUCGCAGACACGACCAAGCUAAGCAACCGGGGCCUCAUGCAGGCGCUUAUCAACUCUACAAGCCUCGUUACCUGCUGGCUUGGUGGUCCUGUCUCUCAAGGCUUUCUAGAUGGACCAGGCUGGCGUUGGUGCUUCGGAAUGUUCAGCAUCCUCAUUCCACUCGUCACUCUACCGCUGUUCGGACUCUUGAUAAACAACUACAUGAAGGCUAAGCGCCUGGGCUUGGUUCCAAAGCGGGAAAGCAAUCACAAUACUACACAAUCCAUUAUCUAUUAUUGUCGCCAAUUCGAUGCAGUUGGGCUUCUUCUCAUAUCUGCCGGCGUUGCGCUAUUCCUCCUUCCUUUCAAUCUCUACAGCAUGCAGGGAAAAGGCUGGUCCUCGCCACUAGUCAUCAGUAUGCUGGUAGUGGGUAGUACCUUGACCCUUGCUUUCGUUGCAUGGGAGAGGUUCUUCGCGCCCAUCACCUUCAUCCCGUACCACCUUCUCUUGGAUAGAACCGUCUUUGGGGCGUGUCUUCUCUCCGCUGGAUUGUUCAUGAGCUAUAUGCUGUGGAGCAGCUAUUUUGGGUCGUUCCUCCAGGUGGUAAAGGGCCUCAGUAUCCAAAACGCAAGCUAUGUCAGUCAAUCCUAUACCGUUAUCGGCGUACUGGUUGCAGUAUCGGUGGGCUAUCUUAUCCAUCAGACCGGACGCUUCAAGUACGUCGCUACGUUUGUCGGCAUUCCAAUGAGCAUAAUCGGCCAGAGUCUACUGAUGCACUUUCGCUCUGCCGAUGAAAAUGUUGGCUACAUUCUCGUGUGCCAAAUCUUUAUCGCCAUUGCCCAGGGUGUCAUAGUCAUCUGUGACGAGAUUGCCAUUCUUGCUACGGUAUCUCAUGAACAUGUUGCGGUCUGCCUUGCUGUCCUUGGAAUCUUCGCCAAUACCGGGGGCGCUAUCGGUCUCACCAUUGCGUCGGCCAUUUGGCAGGAUAUUCUACCAAAGAAGCUAAUGGAGUACCUGCCUCCCGAGGAGUUACCAAAUUUCCUCAUGAUCUACGGCGACAUUUCGACUCAGCUAUCGUACCCAAUGGGCUCCCCUACGCGCCUAGCCAUUCAGCAUGCAUAUGCAGAUGCUCUACUGAGGCUUCUCGCUGCGAGCACUGGUGUGUGGGUCAUUGGUGCCGUUGGGGUGCUGAUGUGGCGGAACAUCAACGUCAAAGACAUAAAGCAAACUAAGGGUAACAUAUGGUAA